AUGUCUUACGACCCUACAUACACCGGUGAUAUCCUGGUUCUCAGCCUGCGUGAGUUGAAAAACUUACGUAUCAUGGUUAUUGUUGCGUCCUCUGUGUCCGUCUUGUUUAGCUUCGGCACAGUUGUCUAUCGGGUACGACAGCGCGAACGGUACUUUAGGGAUCACAUCCUUAUAGCGCUUUUCACCACGCUGUUUUUUCGCUCCAUAGUGCAGAUUAUACACCCGAGUAUAACCAUUAAUCAUCUGCUAUAUUUUGUUCCCAAAUGGCGUUGCUUCACCAUUGGGUUCUUCCUCUUUGUGUUCGUGCGCAUGACAGACUAUUGGAUUUUCAUCGUGGUCCUUCACAAUGCGCUUGUGGUACUUUCGAAAAAGAAUAUCACGUCGAACAACAUCGGCCUCUAUCCGUACCGUUGGUGGGUAUUUGCGCUCUCCUUCAUUCUUCCCUUUGGCCUUGGAGGUCUAACGUUCGUAAACCGAACGAACACUUAUGUUAACCUUCAAACGAGAUGUUUUCUUCCUUUACGGCCCGUGCGUUGGAUGUUUGGUUUUAAUUGGUCUAUUGACUACUGUUUAAGUCUCUUUAUCCUUAUCAUCCACACCUGUAUGUUCCUUUCCAUCCGCAAAAGCAUCCGGCGCUUUAAACGCGAUACAAACCAACACAUCACGGCACUCGAACAGUUCGACCGGAGUCUUGAGGAUCAACUGCAAAACAACGAGAGUUCGUCGCCUUCCGGCAACACUGGAUCGUCGGCUACGUACCAAGGGGUCAGCUCUUCUUCGUCUGUAUCCAUGGCUGCUAUUGAAGCAGAUAUUUCUGUUAAUCCAUCGGCAGGUUAUACAAAUCCCGAACUGCUCGGUGACUACUAUCAUCACGACCCUUUAUACCAGCAUCGACGCGACAUCCUCCGUCAGUCAAAGUUUCUCUUUGCAUAUCCAGUCGUUUUCAGCAUUAUGUGGCUCUUGCCUCAGCUUCAAAUGAUUGCCGUCCUCACUAGACGCAAUCAAUGCGUUGGCGCGUGCAAGAACUUUGCCUUUGUAGCAGUUUUCUCGGACAACUGUGUCACCCUUUUUUUGCUCCUUUGUGACUUUAUCUGGUUUGUAUGGAGCAAAACUCAACACAUCAUCGACAAGCGUCGACAACGACGGCACUCGAUAAACUCUGAACGAAACUGA